UCCUUGCAGAAUUCAGACUGAGUCGAGCAAGAACUGAAACCACACCACUGCCUGUGCUGCUCACAAUCCAUGCACACAAGGACAUAUGUGGAAAACGCCCAUUUCCCCUCCCACGCAUCUGCAUUGAAGAAGCUAGUACCAUGAUUGAUAUCUGAAGACGGACCAUUUUUACGGAUCGAAACGACGUGGACAGUAAGAAUCCCGUUUCAGGUGUCAGCUGGUCCGUGUGUUUUUUUACUUUGUUUCUCCUGAAUAUUCCAAGUGGAGCGUCGCCUUGACACACCAGAGGGACCAUGAGUGAGUUGGAACAGUUACGGCAGGAAGCGGAGCAACUACGCAAUCAAAUCCGGGAUGCGAGGAAAGCUUGCAGCGACUCCACCUUGUCACAGAUCACAGCUGGUCUGGACUCUGUGGGUCGCAUCCAGAUGAGGACGAGACGCACUCUGAGAGGCCACCUCGCCAAGAUCUAUGCAAUGCACUGGGGCAGCGACUCUAGGUUACUUGUAAGCGCCUCCCAAGAUGGCAAGUUGAUCAUUUGGGAUAGUUACACAACAAACAAGAUGCACGCCAUCCCGCUGCGCUCGUCGUGGGUGAUGACGUGCGCCUACGCCCCCUCGGGGAACUACGUGGCGUGCGGCGGCCUGGACAACAUCUGCUCCAUCUACAGCCUGAAGACACGCGAGGGCAACGUGCGCGUCACCCGGGAGCUGCCCGGACACACAGGCUAUUUGUCUUGCUGUCGUUUCUUGGACGACAACCAGAUCGUCACCAGCUCCGGGGACACGACCUGUGCAUUAUGGGACAUCGAGACGGGCCAGAUGGCCACCUCGUUCUCGGGCCACACGGGGGACGUGAUGAGCCUGUCGCUCAGCCCCGACUUCAGGACCUUCGUCUCGGGGGCGUGCGACGCCUCGUCCAAGCUAUGGGACGUCCGGGAUGGCAUGUGCAGGCAGUCCUUCACGGGCCACGUCUCCGACAUCAACGCCGUCUGCUUCUUCCCCAACGGCAAUGCCUUCACCACGGGCUCGGACGACGCCACGUGCCGGCUGUUCGACCUGCGUGCCGACCAGGAGCUGAUGAUGUACUCGCACGACAACAUCAUUUGCGGCAUCACCUCGGUGGCCUUCUCCAAGAGCGGCCGCCUGCUGCUGGCCGGCUACGAUGACUUCAACUGCAACGUGUGGGACACCCUCAAGGCCGAGCGCGCCGGUGUUCUGGCGGGUCACGACAACAGGGUGAGCUGCCUAGGUGUGACGGACGACGGCAUGGCUGUAGCCACGGGCUCAUGGGACAGUUUCCUCCGGAUCUGGAACUAGCGCAGCCACCCCGCUACGCCCACCAGCCCUCCUCUCGCCACCUACCCCCCCCCCCCCGCAACCCAACCCUCGGCUGGGCUGGACCUGAGGGUGAACACUGUGUCUGACCCCCCACCACCUCCACUCAAGCACCCCACCACCCCAAACCCAGCCCCCCUCCCUCGCCCCCUCCCAACCCACCUGACCUGGUCCGACCCAGUGAGCCACCCACCCACCCACCCGUUCGUUACCCCCCCCCCCGCCCCACCUCCUUCUGCCACCGCUGUGAGAAAGUCAACAACUCUUUCUACCUUUCCAAGUGACGUUUUUUUACCCACCUAUUACACACGAGUUUUUCCGUACGUACAGUCGAGUUGUUCAAUCAAAAAGCAAGGAGACGAGAUGGGGGGGGGGAGGGGGGGGGGGUUAGAGAAAAAGUGAGAGUGGGGAGAAAAACACAAAAAAAACAAAAAAAAAGUACAACUGGUGUCCCUUUGUUCGUGGACAGAGGGACAAGCGCGCAUGUUACCGUGGUUACCGCCAAACUAGAGGACAGUCAGUGUGUAAUAUGUAAAUGUAUGUAUAAAUACAGUAUAUAUAUGUAUAGCAUUAUGUGUGUAUAUAUGCAUCAUAUAUGCAUAUAUAAUGUGUAUGUAUAUAUUUUGGUAGUUUUCUUUUCCCUCCUUUUUUGAGUUUGAUUUUUGGUUUUCUGCCUUAUGUUUGCCUUUGUUUCAUGUACAUAAUAUUCACAGUACUACACGAUAAAAAGUUGUCUCCCGUCUCAUGUACUCUCCAUGUACAUGUUGCUAUGCAUGUGCGUAGGUGUGACGGUCACGUCCAAGCAUACACACACGUACUGUGACUAACAUACUGUACUUAUACUGUACGUCCAUUCUAGAAGUGUGGUAACCAAUUAAGAUACGAAUCGUAUCCGCCGUUCUCUCCGUAAAAAACAAGAAAAACAAAACAACAAAAAAAAGACGAAUAUGGUUUCUCUUUUUCAACAGAAGCUGCUGUGGUUGUGUGUAGUGUAUGCUUAUGGAUGGGUAUCGAUUCGUUUGUUUUUCGAAAAUGACACGGUUUUAGGCCCCCCCCCCCCCCCCCCCUUCAUGGUCUAGUAACCAGGAGGUGUAAACGAGCUUGUUGUCAAAAAGCGAACCAUAUCAAAACCGUAUGAAACCACAGCUUACUCGUCUCUAGCUCUAGAGCGGGUUUUAUCGAGUGUCCUCACGCACGCCUUUCGCCAAUCCACCACUGUGACAUGCAGUGCUUCACUUUGUAUCACUCACUUCUAGUGUCACUCACCCCUGAAAUAGCCACGCCUCCCAUCUCUCCCUGUAGUAGAAGGGUCAGUGUAUUGUCAUUGUGUUAAAGCUGGAGGCGCUAUAGUGUCCCUUCCCAGCUGGUAAAGAAGUAUUGAAACCCUUAAAAAGGACACACAGGCCAGGAGGAGGAGAAAGGGGGGGGGGGUCUGGGAGAGGCCAGACCGCCGACGCGGAUCCCCGUGAGCGGCGUGCGUGUAAGCCGCCUCCUCCUUUUCCUCAUGUCAUGAUUUGUAAUUCCAUCAUUGCCAUCCAUGUAGGCUGAGAAAAUCUCGGUUCGGAAAUCUUGUCAGCCACUCAAUCUCACCAGUGCCACAAUGAGCCUGUAAAAUAAGCUUUUUUUCUUUCCUUCCAAAGUUUGUCUGUAUUUACCACGUUCAUGUUUUUUCCUCACCAAAACCAAUGUUAUGAACAGUUAAGUAUUGCUAGCAAAGAGAGUACACUUGGUAGAAGAAUGUUCACUUGGUAGAGAGAUUAGAUAAUGCACCCAUACAGUACACGCACACACACACACUCGACUGUAGUCCAAAUGUAAGCAGAGCACAACGUAUUCACCAGUAGAGGAAGAUAUCUUGGAAAAUGUUUUUGUCAUUUGCGUCGACGAUGUACCAUUAACACCAGAUUUUUUUCAUUUUGAAGACUUGAGUUCUUUUGGAUUGAAACCCUGGAAAUCAUAGGUGCCUAGGCUUGCACCCUAGUGAUAUGAGAACCACUCAAACAGGCGGGCUGCGUCCGAGUGGUUCUCCCUUGUCUACGGCGUGUCCAUCCUGCCUUACCAUACAGUGUGCAUGCUUGGGUUUCACCUCUGCAAAAGAGGACUUUGUGCCCUAAUCCAGAGGUGUUUUCAUGUUGAGUCAAUCCUUGCGAUGCCAAUGCACAUAUUUCAUAGUCUUAGAAAACCAUAUAGGUAUGUUUUAAAUGAGUGCUGGGUUGAGGCGGGUUGAUGUUUUUCCAACAAAUACAACUGUAAUGUUGAUUUCCAGAAAGCUGCAGACAGCCUUAUCAACACUAGUAAACACUAAAGUCGGGUUGACAGAUGUCCACAAAACAGAACAGUAAUGCCAUGCAGCUCUUGUUAAAAGUGCUAUAAAUUAUUUUAUACAAUCUUUGCUUUCUACCGUACAAUAUGUUGUAUUUAUUUGUUGAUUGCCGAGAAAACCCUUUUGAUCAUAGUGAUUCUAGUAGCUUGUUUAUUUUAGCUGUGCAUUUUAGCGGCUUUGCAUUCAUUCAUUCUGAGAGAACACAUGAAAGGAAAUGGCUUUUUAUUGCCUCACAAAUACAUCAUUGGAUGUAAAGUGUAUUGCAUAUCAGUGUUGGGGUUCUCACUGAUCCAAGUGGGUGACAGACGUCUUUUGAUAAGUGUUACUUUCUUCAUUUGUGCCAAUGUUACCCACUGACCCUGAGCUGUGAACUGAAAACAUGUUGGCGUCAUUCUAUUACUUACUACUUUUUGCUUGCGUACAGAAGUGCCAGUCCUUGACUUAAAUCAAAUCCCAAAUCACAUUGAAGUACUAUUAACGUGUAGCCUGGAAUAAAGUCCGAUGUUCCCCAGA